AAACGGUUAGGUUGGCUUGAUGGAGUUUGUAAAGAUUGGACUAGAGACGAUAUCAGAAUAAUAAGCAGUGUUAUUUGCAACUUUCAAAACUUUGAUAAAAUAACGUUUAAUUAAACAUAUGUUUGAGACUACUCAAGAUCGUAAACAUUUUACCCAAAUUAAACUGAACAUUAUGCAAUGUGUUUAGUGAAUUGUUGAUUAAUUCUGUGUGGAUGAACAGACCGUUUUCCCUCCAACUUGUUAGUUGAAUCUGACAUCGUGUACUAAAGGAAAAAACAACGCUGGUGUGCCUGAAAUACGAAAGGGGAUAAGUUGUGCAGUAUCUGGACAUUUUUGUUAUAGAUCUUAAACCUUUUAAUGGAAGUCUUUAACUUUGGAGUUUCUUCAAAAUGUGCUCAACUCCUGGACUGCCAACACCAGGUUCCAGUAUUACUGUUAAUUUUACCAGGAUCAAUCUACAUCCAUAUUCUGUUCUAGUGGAGAUAUGGGGCCAAUUUGAUCAGGAGAGAAAAGUAGAAUACCAGCGUUUAAGAAGAGAAAUUCAAACUUUCCCGAAGACUAGGUUUGGUGAUGCAGAAGGAAGUCCUGGGGAUUUGUGUCUGGUGCAGAUAAUUGAAACAUGGUACAGAGCAAGGAUUCUUGUUCGAAAAGGAAGGGAUUAUCAUGCGUUUCUCAUUGAUGAAGGACGAACCCUGAAUGUCGGUGCUUAUAAUUUAGCUCAUGGGCGGAAUUACUUUUUUCACCUUCCUCCUGAAGUGGAAUUCUGUGUUCUUGCUAAUGUGGUGCCACUUUCCACAGAGAAUAAAUGGUCCCCUAUGGCUUUAGAGUUUUUGAAGUGUCUCAGUGGUAGAACAUUUGAAGGCUGUGUUCAGGAUGUGUUGGUGCCACACAGGACUUUCCUCAUUGAUGUGCCCUGUGUAUCCAAACAGAUGUUUGAAAUGGGAUUUGCUAAAAGGUUGUCCAGUAAAACUUUUAAAUUCUUUGUUGAAAGAUCAAUGCACUCAAUGACUACUGCUUUAUCCAAUCAGGAAUCUCAGAAGCUUUCCCAGUCCAUCGGAUGUGAAGUUGUGGAGACUGGAGAUGUUCAUGAGAAUGACAUUGUGAUCAACCAAGAUUAUUUUUAUCCGCAGCUGCAAACUGAAACUACAGAGGCGGUAGUUGUCACAGAAGUGCUUAGUCCUUUAAGAUUUUUUUGCCAGCUGAGAAUUUUUUCUCAAGAACUGAAUAAAUUAACUGAGCAUAUGAGUAAGUUUUAUGAAGGAAGAUCUGGCUUUACGAAGACUAGACCUGAAGUUCUGGGAUCUCCAUGUGCAGCUAGAGGAAAAGAUGGCAGGUGGUACAGAUCUAUUGUGCAGCAGGUCUUGUCCAGCAAGAAAGUUGAAGUGUUGUAUGUAGAUUAUGGGAAGAAAGAAUUAAUUCCUAUUGGUGGCAUCAGAAGUUUGGCCGCUGAAUUCUACAGAAUGCCUGUUAUCACUUAUUUAUGUUCCUUGCUUGGCAUAUCGGACCAUGGAGUUGGAUGGUCAACUGCCCAGAUAGAGAACCUGAAAUCUCUUAUUCUACACAGAGUUGUAAAUGCCAAGUUUGAGUAUCACAGUUACUCAGAGGGAGUUUACUAUGUUACUCUCUAUGGAGAUGAAAGUGUAAACAUAAAUAGCGUGUUUGGCAUGAGAGAGCAGUGCUUUUCAGAAACAAAGGAGAAUCCUCUUGAAGGUCAGAUUACCGGAGAAACGUUCUGUCGGCAACCUCAAGCAUUAGAUCAAAGUGAUAAACUGACUUCUGCAGUGCACAGCACUUCAAUGGCAAAUAUGUACAUUAAGACAGAAACCCUUGGACUGGGCUGUUUCUAUGAUGCAGUUGUUGAGUUUGUGACUGACCCCUCGGAAUUCUGGAUUCGGACGCAGGACUAUGCAAUUAAGUUUGACCAAAUGAUGUGUAGUAUUAGAGAGGUUUAUACCAAGGCAACUCAACUGGAAGGCACUGUCAGAACCCCUAAAACAGGACUGUAUUGCAUUGCUAAAGCCAAAGAUGGCUUGUAUUACAGGGCUGUCAUCCGUGAAUUGCAUGGGCAACAGAUUAAUGUCUAUUUUGUAGAUUAUGGAAAUACAGAAAUUGUUGAAAAGUAUGAUUUGAAAAUUCUUCAUUCCAAGUAUCAAGAGUUGCCUGCUCUAGCAAUGAAAUGUCGUCUUUCAGGUAUCCAACCCAUAGGUGGAAAAUGGAGUAAAAAUGCAAUUGCUCACUUCAUAAAUAGAGUUGCCGACAAGGUACUUAUGAUUCACGUAUCUGCAAAACAUCAAGAUGGGUAUGCAGUUGAAUUAAUGGAUAGAUUUGUUGAUGGAGAACAAUGUGUAAAUAAGCUGAUGUGCAGUGCUGGAUAUGCAGAGUACGAAGAAAGUGAGAAAUCUGUCGCCAAAUUUACAAGAAUUGCACAGUCUUGCCUUGCAAUGCCAACUCAAAGUGAGAAAUCGGUAAACUUAAAUCCUAGAACAGACCCCAGUAAACUCACCAGAGGCCCUCCUGUGUCAAGCAGCAUUCCAGCAGGUGGCUAUGAAACAAGGUCGGUCUUCAAAGAAACAUUGUUUCCCAUAGGAAGUGCAGUAGAAGUAAAUGUAUCGUAUAUUGAAAGUCCAAAUGACUUCUGGUGCCAAUUGUCUGAAAGUGCAGGCAAUCUUGAAUCGCUUAUGGAGGAAAUUCAAGAGUAUUAUACGACUUGCCCAGACCCUUACAAGCCUGGUGAAGUAGCCUGCAUUGCUCGGUAUGCUCACGAUGGAAGGUGGUACAGAGCAUUAAUUAUCAGGAAUAUUCCCUCCUCCCUGGAAGUUGAUGUUUUGCAUAUAGAUUUUGGCAAUACAGAGAAGGUAUCCUUGAAGGACUUGCGUGCCAUAAACCCAGCAUUUCUUCGGUUGAAAGGUCAGGCUUUUAGGUGUAGCCUGUACAACUUGAUUCAGCCUGUUGCCCAGGAUCCUUUACACUGGAAUGAGAGAGCAGUAUUUCAGUUUCAGGAGUUUGUUGAUAAUGCUGCUACGGCCCGUCUGCCGUUGAAGUGCACUAUUUAUGCAGUUAUGUACGACUCAAACAAGGUUGUCUUCAAUGUGGUGGACCUAGAAACACCGUUUCAAAGUAUUUGCAGCUUACUUGUUCAGAAAGGAUUUGCUCAGCGUGCACCACCAAAAAAAGCCCCACAGCCUCCCUUUCAUCUCGACACCUACUAUUAUUCAACGCACAAUAUAAAAACGGGUGGAGAAGAAGAGAUUUAUGUAACGCAUAUCAAAAAUGUGAGUAACUUCUACUGCCAGUUAGGAAGAAAUGCAGACAUAGUACAUCAACUGGCGGAAAAAGUGAACUAUCUGUGCCAAGAGCUGCAGCGCAUAGACUGCCCCAAAACAUUUGGCACAGUGUGCUUUGCAAAAUAUAGUGAUGGGCAUUGGUACAGAGGGCAAAUUAAAUCUGUACAACCGACAAUCCAAGUGUUUUUUGUGGAUUAUGGAGACACACAGAUGGUGGAGAAAUCAGAUUUGCUUCCUAUUCCGAUUGAAGCUAGUGACAUUAUGUCUGUGCCUGUCCAAGCUGUUAUGUGUUGCUUAUCUGAUGUCCCAGUCGAUGUACCUAGAAAAGUAAAUGAGUGGUUUGAAAAUGCAGUCUUUGGCAAGACCUUGAAAGCUCUAGUAGUAGCAAAAGAGUCAGAUGGAAAGCUGAUUGUUGAACUGUAUAAUGAGAAUACACAGAUCAAUGCAAAUAUCAAAGCAGAACUUGCUUCCUUUGAAGGAGUGGAAACCAAGUUUAGGAAGGCACAAGAACCAACUCCAAUGAGGAAAGAAACUACACCAACUUUUAAGAGCAGAGAUGAAUAUAAAGCAAGAUUGCCUUCCCAAACCAGAGAAACUAAACCAUUCAGUGGCGAUUCAGGAAUUGCAAAAAAGCAGCAGAUUUCCUCUCCCAAAUUUGAACACGAUAAGAAAGUUGCUCCAUCUAAACAGAUGGAUAAUAAAAGUCCUUCUGGUGGACCUGGACCUGCACCUACACAUGACUGGGAAGUUUGCAGUUUAAAAGAAAGUGGUGUGGGAAAAGUGAAAACAGGGGUGCUGUCUUUACCUAAUCUUGGAGACCUCCCCCCAAAAUGCAUAGAGCCUGGUGAAGUAAAGGAAGUGUAUGUUUCACAUUCAAAUUGCCCAUCUAGUUUUUUUGUUCAGUUGGUACAAGAAGAAGGUGAAAUAUAUUCUGUUGUGGAAAAACUGAAUGCUGAUCAAGUGGUUGCUACAAACUUUGAUGCUGACAGUUUACAGCCAGAAGAUUUAGUGUGUGCAGAGUUUCCUGAUGAUGGUUCCUGGUACCGUGCUGUUUUAAAAAACAAACUUGAAGAUGGCACGCUUAAUGUGGAAUUUUUAGACUUUGGAAAUACAGCUACAAUUGAUGCCACAAAAGUUCGUCCACUAUCCCAAGACUUCAUAAAAAUCCCAAGGCUAAGCAUUCAUUGCUUGCUCACUGGAGUGGAAAGUGCCAGUACUGAUGGUGAGUGGGGACAAGAUUCUGUGCUGCAAUUCAAAAAGGCAACUGGGGAAAAUGAAGGAAUCAAAAAAUUAAUAUGCGAGUUCAUGAAGCAGUCUGGACAGUUGUGGGAGGUUAAUCUACUUGACCAACAGACCGUUGUUGCUGACUAUUUAGUUAGGAGUGGUUUUGCAGCCAGUAGGGGUGUUGCAAAACAGUGUCUACAGAAAGACCCUGAAAUGGAUAAACAUGCAUUGCAAUAUGCCAGAUAUGAGAUAUCACCUGGACAGACAUUGGAGGCCUAUGCUUCUUCUGUGGUGGGUCCAGAAUAUUUCUGGUGUCAGUCUGCAAAUUCAGAUGUCCUUCAAAGAAUUGCUGAAAUAGCUGAUGCAGCUGGAAACAAUCCAGAAGAGACCAGUGUCUGUGUUGGUUCUCUGUUUCCUGGAAACCCAUGCCUUGCUCUAUUUACAGAAGAUGAACACUGGUAUAGAGCAGAAAUAAAAAGAAUAAAUGAUGAUGUUCUCUCAAUAAUAUUUGUGGACUAUGGUAAUGAAGUUGAUGUAAACCAAGAAUUAGUUAAGUUGGUGCCUGCUGAAUUUUUAAAAAUACCCAGGCAAGCAUUUUUGUGCAUUUUGGAAGGGUUUGAUCUCUCUGCUGGUUUCUGGGAUGUUGGUGCUGCAGAGAAGUUUUAUGAACUUCUUUCAGACAAACUUUUAAAGGUUUCAGUUUUGAAGUGUGAAGAGCAUAACCAUGGAGUUAAUCAAUUUCAUGUCAAAGUAGAGAGUGAUGAAGCAGUGGUAAAUGACAUCAUGAGAAAUUACUGGAAAAUGCACACUGCAGAAAGAAAGGAGUAUGUAAAUACUGAGCAUGAACAGCAAACUAUUGCAGACACACUGGUUGCAAAUGAAGGGUGUCCACCUGAAGAUAAGUCCGAGUUGCAGAGAAGGGUCAUGGAAUUAUUGAGUAAUGCUGAAAAACUUCAGAUUGGCACAGAACAAAGUAUUAAUCUUGCUUCCAAAAAGGAAAGCUUUACACUGGAUGAAACAAGAGGAGACACAGUUAGAACAACAUAUGAAGCUGUUGACCAUGGUCUUCAAGCCUCUGCUCAAAAAUACGUUCCAUCUAAAAAAAAUUCUUUGUCAACUGUACAAAAAAAUAUAGAACUCUUUAGUGACGCUGGAAAGAGUCGGACGGGCAUGCAUGAAGAAUGUACAGUUGAAAGAAGUGAUUUUUCUCAAUUGCUUUCUGUACAUGAAACUGGAAACAAUGUUUGUCAGCCGCUAGACAAUGUUCCAAAAACCUUUACAAUGGAAGAAAAGUAUGAAGUUGUGUCUACAGUACAGAGUGCUACCAAAGAGCUUCAAACAGAUGAACAAAGUGUGACUCUUCCUUCAAGUACAGACACUUUUCAAGAUGUAACUGAUGUAAACAAACUCUCAAUAAAAUUAAGUGAUGCUGUUGAAUGUGAAAAAGCAACCCAUGAUGUCCAGGAUGUUGACAGAGUUUUCUUUGAAGAAAAUGUUAACAAUCCUUCUAGCGGAGAAAAAACUUGUCCAAGGGAAGAAACCAAAGCUGAACAACCCACAGUGGAUUUACCUUCUCCAUGUAAAUCAAGAAGCAAUUUUCAUCCCCUAAAGGAUGUUCAAAAAAUAAUUCUGUUUGAAGAGUCUGAGUAUUUGGAAUCAAGUAUUGAUGAGCGAAGCGUUAAUCUUUCUUCCAAUGGAGGAGAAAUUUUUACACAAGAAGAAAACUAUAUGGACACAAACACAGUUGAAAUAAAUUAUACAGUGGCUAAUCCUGAAUAUGACCAUGUUUUCCAGCACCUUGAAGAUAUUCAAGGAAGUGAUUCAAAUGUCAGGGAAACUAGUACAGCAUGCAAUGUUCUAAAUCUGUCUCUUGCAGAACAUUCUUACUGUAUGCUGAAUGACGUAGAUCAACAAUGCGGCAUAAUGGAUGAAAACCUUGAGCCUUUAGUUUAUGAUCAGGUAGAAGGUAAUGAUAGUCACAAAGAUGUUCUCGGACAACUAGUGGGUUCUGAUACAGCAGCCAAAGAGGAGGAGGUGCUGGAUAUUUCGGUUCUGGACACAGAGAUCGAAAGGUUGCAAAACAAACAAAGUAACCCUCAAGGAUGUGAACCAGAUUUCGUUGGAUUGAAGCUUGAGACUGGGGACGAGCUUGGUGUUGGAUCUGAUUGUGUUGUGUGGUCCUACGCCUACAAAACUUGGUGCAAGGCUCAGAUUCUGAAGGUCUAUGAUGAGACGACAAAGGUAUUGCUAUUGGAAUCUAAUGCUGAAGAUACAGUGGUGUCGCAGAACAUUUUGAAAAGUGCACCCAAGAGUAUAAAUCAUCCCGCUCAGAUGGCUGUUCAGGUCCCAGGUGCAGCUCUAAAAUGCAGUUCUACAACUGGUGCAGUCCAGCUAGAUGUGCCUGCAUUGGAUGUGGAAAAAGAAUGUGCCUCAACCUCGGGAUUUGAAACAUUUUCAAGAGAGCCCCAUUUUGAGGAGGAACCGGUUAUUCGGUUGCCAGAAGACGACAGUUAUGUUGCAGAAACACAGGAGAAUCGUGCAUUGGAAAGAAAUCAGCAGGAGUUAACCAGCCUUGUUAAAUUACCCUUAAAAGUUGAAGAGGACUGUUCACCUGAGAGACCCAUGGAAAUUACUGAGAUGAGUCUGGACUGCACUGAAGGUCCUGAAAUCUUUGAAAUAGAAAAGGCAGAGUGAAUGUAACUAUUUUGCAUGCCCUGUACGCCCAUACGUAUUUCUAGCACAAUGGAAUAACACCCUACUGUGUUCAUAUUAUUGUUUUGAAAAAGUGUUAACUACAGUUAGUGUCCUUUGUGCCUUUGUCUGUCUUUUAGUUAUUGGAGUCUGUUGUGGGGUAAAGGGAUAUGUAACUAUCCAUUGGGGGCGGGGCGGG